CCAUGGAGCGGCUGGAGCGCUGCGGGCGGUGUUUGCGGGCCGCGCUGGCCGGGGGCCGGGUGCGCCGCCGCCUCCCCGCCGCGCUCCUCGCCAUCGCCCUGCUGGGCUCCGCGCUCAAGGACAGCGACCUGGUGCCCGACACGCCGCUGCGGAACAAGCGCAACCCGCUCAACGUGUACUUCGUGAAGGUGGCCUGGGCUUGGACCCUGUGGCUGCUGCUGCCCUUCAUCGCUCUCACCACGUACCAGCUGGCCCGGACCAAGCUGCUGUACGGGCGCACGCGGAGCGCGCUGCUGGCGCUGCGGCGGCUGAGCGGGCUGGCCGUGGGCACGGCCGUGUGGUUCGGCUGCACCCAGCUCUUCGUGUACAUCGAGAACCUCACCGGGGAGUGCUCCGUGCCCGCCAAGCCCGGGGACGCCCCCCGGCUCUACGCCACCAAGCGGGAAUGCCACCAGGACAGCGGGGUCUGGAACGGCUUCGACAUCUCGGGGCACUGCUUCCUGCUCUCCUACUGCGCCCUGAUGAUCCUGGAGGAGGUGGCCGUGCUGGAGGGCUUGUCCAUGGACCACAGCUCGAGGCUGCGCGUGGUGGUCAACGUGCUGUUCGUCUCCUUGUGUCUCCUCGCCGUGAUCUGGGUGUUCAUGUUCCUCUGCACUGCCCUGUAUUUCCACGACUUCAGUCAAAAGCUUCUCGGUGUGCUGAUAGGUCUGUCGGGCUGGUAUGGGACGUACAGGUUUUGGUAUUUGAAACCCUUUUCUCCUGGACUACCUCUUCCAAAUAUACCUUUGAGUUCAAAGAAGUACAGCUAUAGCAGAUAAAGUGGGUUUUUUAAAAUAGUUUGGAUUUUGCUUUCAGUACUGGAGUAGUUGAGUGUAGGAAUGGUUAUUGUAUUUCCACUGUCAGGAGCAAGGUGAUGGGUUGGAGGAAACCAAAUCUGUACUAGCCAGUGGCUGGCAGGUGGUAAUGAGCUUCUUCCUUGGGAGGAAAAAAAAAAUUGUACUGGAAGAUGUCUGCUUUUGCUUAGGAGCUGAUGACUGGCAUUGGCAGCAAAGAAAUCAGAAGUUGAAUCUGUUUCUCUUACUAAUAAAUGAAGGAGCAGACCCAAGGCCAACAGAGACCUUUGCUCUUUAAGAGCUUGACUGAUCACAAUUAAUUCUCCCUCUUUCUUUUUGGUUCAUGUUAAAAUAUUGUGGAUGAUCCAAACCUCUUACUUUUUUUGUAAUUUUCCUCUUUAUAUUGCCUUAUGGGAAAGCUCUAAUAAUGACAUUGCAAAAAUAUCAAUUGUUAAAGCAGUCCUGUUGUGAAACUGGAACAUCUUGUGUUUUCAAGUGUUAAAAACACUAACUUGCCACAAAAGCCUCAUAGCUGUCUGCACCUCCUGCAACAGAGAGUAAAUCUGAGAUGUAAUGUCUUAAGCAGACUGUGACUUUAAAUUCAUGCCUGCCUCUGAAAAGGAAAUUCUUGAAAAAACAAGCCUUAACUUUCUCCUUAGGUGAAGUAGAGACAAUAUUUUGUGAUUUUAUUCUUGAGAGGAAAAAAACAAACUCCUUCCUGAAGUUUUGCUAAAAAGUCUAGUUAUGAGGAUUGGGGUUUUAAUUUUUUAAAAAUCUAGCGAGUUGCACACUUUGCAACAACAAUUUCUUUGGUUUUUUUGUUCUUUCUUCUAGAAGAACAAUGAAAUUCUGGUGUUCUGAACAAGCUAGCUUAGCCUGCUCUUUCCCAAAUAGCCUGCUUGGUAAUAAGUGAAAUGCAUUGUUUAUCCUGGGAGCUGCAAAGCAGAGUGUGCUUGAAGCAAUAUUUGUUCUUGCUUAUCCAGCAAUAUCAAUAAGCUAUUUAAUUUUGGUUGCACAUAAAGCCGUGGCCACUUUUGAUGUGGCUGGAAACCCACUACUGAAUAAAACACUAUUACUAGAUAAUGAAUAGGGGUGAGAUGGGUUUAUCCAUCAUAUCAAUUAGAUGUUUAGCAUAGUUUUUAUCUUGAAAAGCUUUUUAGUAUCUGACAAAGGCUUAUUCACGACGCAGUUGCACAAAAUGUGUUUGACAGUGAUGAGCAAGACAGCCAGGAAGGUCUGUGGGCAAGGUCUGGCACCUGCACUGACCCCAGAGCGGGCUUGGUGUGGCUCCAGAGUGCCUGUUUGCUGAAUACAGGGUGUGAGGCACUGUAGGUUAAUCUUGGCACAUUUUGCCAUCUCCAUGUCUCUCUUCCAGCAAGAGAGUGGAAGCAUUUGCAGUUAAUGCAGCAGGGUUAGUUCCAUGCUGGGUUCUGCCUCUGAGCAGAGCUGAAUUCACUGGAAUUCCCACUGAGUUUGGUGGCAAGUGGGAGUCGUUGUGUAUCCUUAGAAAGAACAAAUCACCUCUUGGAAAGAAGCUGUCCAGGGGGUUGUGUAUUUUCUGUCAAGUUCCUCCUGGUUUUUGUAUUAAAUUGCCUUUUAAGCUGACUCUUUGAAAAUUGCACUGAUUAACUCAUAUUGGGUUUAGCUAAAUUUGUUUGAACAAUGCAAAUUUAUUUGCAGACAUUCUUUUGAUGUAAUGUAAGCCUGCUCCCAGUAGAGUUAAGAUAGACCUCAAUCCACUCUCACCAUGAAAAAGGAUUAUAUACCCAGAAGGUUUUGUGAUUAAUUUCAUUAAGUUUCUAUUUUAGGUUAUCUUUAUGUAACUUUGCUGUAGAGACAAGCCCUUGGAAAAGGAAAUUCUGUUUGCUUAAACCAACUGACUUGCUGAAAUGUUGUUCAUUUUCACAAACGUUUUGUGCAAUCACUGUGGAUAUUUUUGUCCACCUUAACCAGUGUCAUACAGAUUGUUUUGGGUUUUUUUUAAUGGAAAUAAUGUGGGAUAUGGUUAGUCUCAAAACUUUUAUUUAAACAAUGAAAGAAAAACAUUUGAAAACUUUA